CGAAGUAGUAAACAAUGACUUCCCUGGCUCCGCCUAUCGUACGGCAGCUCGCUCCGCGCGGAAGUUGUGCUCGAAGGGUUGUGGGAUGUCCGUGUGUGGAGUGCAAACAGUGUAAAAAAACAACAUUAUUUUGCUGCAUUCCCCUCGGAGGACUGUAAUUCUGCUACAUAAAUAGGAUAACGCGCUUCAAGCAACAUGCUCGGUUGUGGCAUGGUGGAGAGGCACAGACAGGUUCUGCGGAAACGUUCUGCAAUCCUUUGCAAGCAAAUGGUGGUGGACGAACUGCUCCUUCAAUGUCUGCAGGCAGACAAGAUCCUGACUGAGAACAUGGCCGAGGGCAUCCUGGCAGAGACAACGUCUCAGAAGCGAAGCUGGCGUUUGCUCAUUCUCCUUCCCAAGCGAGGCCCUCAAGCCUUCGAAAGCUUCUGCACAGCUCUGAAAGACACCGAGCAGGAACACCUGUGUGAGCUGCUCACACAGGGUUUUCUUCCUGAGGAGUCAAAGGAACAAGCAGAACGACAGCUCAUGCAAACUUCAGAGUGGAGGAGAGAGAGGUAUAGCGACUCCUCUCUUCCACUUCCCACCCAGGAUGAAACUGCAGCCAAGCGAGCAAGAAUGCAUGAGUCCAUGGAGUUCAGUCUGGAGUCGGACAGCCCCCUCACCACCCCUGUGCUCCCUUGCACACAAGAUUUCUACCUCUCUCACCGCGAAACGUCAUAUAGAAUGACUUCCUCGCCACGUGGCUUAGCCUUGGUGAUCAGCAAUGUGACAUUUGACCCGUGCACCGCACCUGACCUCGACACCAGGAAGGGAGGCGAGGUGGACGACGAGGUCCUCAGGAAGGUCUUCACAGAGCUGGACUACGUGGUCACGGUCCACAGAGACCUGACAGCUGAGGACAUGAAAACCUGCAUCGAGACAUUCCGCAGGCGUCCAGACCACCGCACAAUGGACAGCUGCGUGCUGUGUCUACUUUCCCACGGUGUGGAAGGAGCUGUGUAUGGCACAGACGGUCAGCUCUUGCAGUUGGAGUGGGUGUUUGAGGCUUUCGACAAUGCACGCUGCCCGCUGCUGCAGAAUAAACCCAAGAUGUUUUUUGUCCAAGCAUGCAGAGGAGAUGACCUGGACUCUGGAGUGGAGCAAAUAGAUGGGCCAGGAAGGACCAGCUCACCCAGCUGUGAACAGCGGGAUGCUGGGAGAGAAGGGACAGAGGACGCUGGUUCCAGGCAGGGAGGAGAGUUAGGGCUGCCAAGGAUUAAACUCCCCCAGCGGUCCGACAUGAUCUGCGGCUUUGCCACUCUCAAAGGUCAGAGAAUUUGCACGGCGGCCAUGCGCAACACCAAGCGAGGAUCCUGGUACAUACAAGAGCUUAACACCGCGUUGCGCCGCCGUGCUGCAGACACACACCUGGCAGACAUCCUGGUGCAGGUCAACGGGCGGAUCAAAGAGCGCGAGGGUUAUGCCCCCGGCACAUCCCACCACCGCUGCAAAGAGAUGUCCGAGUUCACCAGCUCGUUCUGCAAAGACCUCUACUUCUUCCCCAAACACCAGCCCCACUUUUCCUAAUGCACUUACACACUCAACACACACACACACCAUUCCUGCCAGUGUGCGCACACAUUCCCUCAUUCAAGCAUAUGACUGCCACACACACACACGCACACGCACGCAUUCCAGCGUUACAAAGCACUCUCACUGUCAUCCAGACUUGUAUUCAUUCACAUUUUCUAUGUAAAUACUGCCUCAGCAAAACUGCACUCCGAGAUGUUGCAGGAGAAAAAGGAAGCUUAUGCUAAUCGACAUGUUCAACUUCUUGGCAUACAAUUCCGCCACUGUUAAUCCUCUCGCAUUGGCGGAAUUUUAAAAUAUGGUUUGUACACAUAUGUCAUUUUUUUGUGAUUGUGAUUUUAUAGGAAUGUGAGGUUAUUUUUUAGUCACGCCCUUCUUUUAAUGUUAAAGUUGUUGUGUAAUUGCAGUGACUAACAGCAGGGGGCAGCAUUGAGCAAUAAGGUUAGUGUAGUUUUUUUUUGUGUCU